CAUCCUCUCCAUCCACCAGGGCUUGACUUCAGGUGCAGCAGAAUUCCCCAGCCCCCCAAGGAUUUGAGACCCAUCAGCUAUCCUCACCUGGUUCUGCCAGCCGGUUGAAGCCAUUCCUGGGAUUGUGGCCCCUGAUUCAUCCUGACAGCUUCUGGAAGGCACAGGAUUUCCUUUCCUCCCACUCUGAAGAAGGUGAUGGAGAAGACAUUCAGAAUUCCAAGGAAUGGGGCACCUUUCGUUUCAUGAGGAAUAGAAAUUAAAAUGUGGGAUAUGUGGGAUAUGCUUCAUUGAAUGAGGACACAUAGCUCACAUCAAUGACUCCGAGAGGAGAAACCAUUUAAAGGUAUGGAGUGUGGGAAAAGUUUCACUGAUAGUGGAAAACUUAGAACACAUCAGCGGAUUUACAUGGACAAGAAAGGAUUACAAUGCGUGGAGUGUGGAAAGAGCUUCAGUCACAGUGGAGACCUUAGAAAACAUCAACGGAUUCACACAGGGGAGAAACCAUAUAAAUGUAUAGAGUGCGGAAAGAGCUUCAGUCACAGUGGAUCCCUUAGAGAACAUCAACGGAUUCACACAGGGGAGAAACCAUUUCAAUGUAUGGAGUGUGGAAAAAGCUUCUGUCGGAGUGGACAGUUACGUUCACAUCUACGGAUUCACACGGGUGAAAAACCUUUUAAAUGCAUGGAGUGUGGGAAGAGCUUCAGUCGGAAUGGAGAACUUAAAUUACACCAGCGAAAUCACACUGGUGAAAAACCAUAUAAAUGUAUGGAGUGUGGAAGGAGCUUCAUUCAGAGUGGACACCGCAAUAUACAUCAACGGAGUCACACAGGGGAGAAACCAUAUAAAUGUAUAGAGUGCGGAAAGAGCUGUAGUAAUAGUGGAGACCUUAGAAAACAUCAACGGAUUCACACAGGGGAGAAACCAUUUCAAUGUAUAGAGUGCGGAAAGAGCUUCAGUCACAGUGGAGACCUUAGAAAACAUCAACGGAUUCACACAGGGGAGAAACCAUAUAAAUGUAUGGAGUGUGGAAAAAGCUUCUGUCGGAGUGGACACUUAAGUUCACAUCAACAGACUCACACGGGUGAAAAACCAUAUAAAUGUAUGGAGUGUGGAAAGAGCUUCAGUCGGAGUGGACACCUCAAUAAACAUCACCAGACUCACACAGGGGAGAAACCAUAUAAAUGUAUGGAGUGCGGAAAGAGCUUCAGUCAGAGUGGACACCUCAAUAAACAUCAACGGACUCACACAGGGGAGAAACCAUAUAAAUGCAGGGAGUGUGGAAAGAGCUUCAGUCAGAGUGAUACACUUAGAAGACAUCAACGGACUCACACAGGGGAGAAACCAUUUAAAUGUAUGGAGUGUGGAAAGAGCUUCAGUCACAUUGGAAACCGCAAUAUGCAUCAAUGGACUCACACAGGGGAAAAACCAUUUAAAUGCAUUGAGUGCGGAAAGAGCUUCAGUCAAAAUGGAUACCUUAAAACACAUCAACGGACUCACACAGGGGAGAAACCAUAUAAAUGUAUAGAAUGUGGAAAGAGCUUCAGUUUCAAUGCAAGCCUUAGAAGACAUCAACAGACUCACACAGGCAGGGGGAAACCAUAUGAAUGUAUGGCAUACGGGAAGAGCUUCAGUCAAAAAGGAAACCUUAAAUUACACCAGCAGACUCACACAGGGGAGAAUCCAUUUAAUGCAUGGAAUGUGGAAAGAGCUUCAGUUUCAAUGCAAGCCUUAGAAGACAUCAACUGGCUCACACAGGGGGAAAACCAUUUAAAUGCAUUGAGUGCGGAAAGAGCUUCAGUCAGAAUGGAGACCUUAAAACACAUCAACGGAUUUACACAGGGGAGAAACCAUAUAAAUGUGUGGACUGUGGAAAGAGCUUCAUUCAGAUUGGAAACCUUAGAAAACAUCAACGGACACACAGGGAAGAAACCAUAUAAAUGUAUGGAGUUUGGAAGGAGCUUCAGUCCGAGUGGAACCCUUGAUUUACAUCAACAAACUCCCACAUGAGAGAAACCAUAUAAAUGUCAAGUAGACAGAGGUUCAGUCCUUGUGGAAGUCCUACAUCAACAGACUCAUGGACAGGAAGAACUUUAACAGUUGACACCCUACAAACCCAUCAACCCUCAAAGAGGAGAAGCUGUUUAAAGGGAAAGAUUGCAGAAAGUGCUUUAGUUAUAAUGGAGUGUUUAAAGAACAUCUAAGGACUCAGAGGGGAGAACCCAUUGAGAUGUAUGGAGUGAGGAACGUGUUCCUUUCAGAGUCCACUCUUUUCUUCACAGCAAUGAACUCAACUCAGCAGAAAAUCCAUUUUAAAAGCAUGUCAUGUAUUUGAAGUUCUGGUGUUUAUAUGUAAAAUUGUAUAGUAAUGAAAUAAUGAAGGUAACGUCUCACACUAGUGAGUAUAAUUUUAGAUGUAAGGUACCUUUUGAUAGUGAGGGGGAGUUGGUGAAUCUGGAUUUCUGGUGGUGAAUGAGGAUUAGGGCUGGGCAUCUAUUGAUCUCAUCCUAUACCGGUUUCUAGACCACAUUGUGAUAACUUUUCAAAAACAAUUGAUAUGGCAACACACCACAGAUCACAGUGUGUGUUUCUGGGAUGCCCAUUUGCCUGGAAGCAGGCAGCAGAAAGCUUUGCUUUGUGAAGUCCCUGAAUAUGCUGAGUUGCUGACUAACCUCCCAGAUGACAGGAAGCGUUAGACACACCUCCAUUGCCCUGUCUCCUUCCAGCCUCUUUCCUCCCUUGCUACCUUCUGAUGGUUUUUUAAAAAAAUGAUAUUUAUUGAAGUUUCAGAAACAAAAGAUUACAUAGAUAAAAAGAAAGGAAACAAGAGAAAGAAUAAAAAAGAGAAAAAAUACAAAAUACAAAAUACAGAAAAUAAAAUAAAAAACACUUAAAAACAAAUCAAUCUUUCCGUACCUUACAUUUCAUUUCCUUGCUUCCCUGACCUCCUCUCACCUCCCUUUUUUGUAUUCCAGUUCAAUUGGUUAAUUCAGCAAUUCCUUUCCCUCUUUGUUUUUAUCUUAAUCCUUUAACUUAAUAUAUUAUAGCUUUGGAUUCUCAUCUAUUAACAAUCCAUUUUUACAUACACCUUUAUAACAUUGCUGCUAAAACCACUUAACUUCAUUCUGACAUCAUUCUAACAUUCAUUAAUUUUGCAGUAUUUCUGUAAAUAGUCUUUAAAUUUCUUCCAAUCUUCUUCCACCGACUCUUCUCCCUGGUCUCAGAUUCUGCCGGUCAUUUCCACCAAUUCCAUAUAGUCCAUCACCUUCAUCUGCCAUUCUUCCAAAGUGGGUAGUUCUUGUGUCUUCCCUUUCUGCCGGUGUGUGUGCCUGACUUAGAUAUCCUGUGUGCUCUAUUUUUCUAUUGCUGAAACUGGAUUUGCUCUCAGGAGCUAAGUUUUGUGCCUCACUGGGGACCCAGUGAGAACUGUAUGCUUUGAAAGCUCAGUAAACUAUUACUGAAGAA